AAAACUCCUCCAUUUUCAGUAUCAACGACAAAUAAUCCAUCCAAAAUCCAAAUUUCAACUGUUAAUUUAUUGAAGUUUUGAUUCGAAUUUCGAACAAUCAUACAAACCCAAAACUGUUUUUUGCUUCUUGGUCUUCUGUUCUUCCUUCAGUGUACGAGUUUUUGGGGAGGAAGGGGAAGAAGGGAAAUGAAAUUUCUUCCUAAAUCCUGUUCCCCCAUUGAUGAAAUUCAAACCUCCAUUACUCUAAUUCCAGGUCUUCCUAAUGAUAUCGCUGCUUUACUCCUUUCCUUUCUCCCUUAUUCCCAUCAUGAUCGUCUCAAAUCAACCUGUAAAUCAUGGCGUCUCUUCUUCUCUUCUAAAAUCCUAAUUUCCCUUCGAUUCACUCACCCCAAUUCUCUUUCUCACCUUCUCUGCUUUUUCCCUCAAGACCCUUUAAUCGCUUCCCCUUUUCUUUUCGACCCAUUUUCCCUUUCUUGGUGUCCUCUUCCUCCUAUGCCCUGUAACCCCCAUGUCUACGGUCUCUGCAAUUUCACCCCAAUUUCCCUUGGCCCUCACUUGUACGUAAUCGGCGGUUCUCUCUUCGAUACUCGCUCUUUUCCAAUCGACCGUCCUUCUUCGUCCUCCUCUGCUUUCCGAUUCGAUUUCCAUUCCUUCUUUUGGGAACCCAUCUCGCCGAUGCUGUCGCCGCGGGGGAGCUUUGCGUGUGCUGCGGUUCCUGAUUCCGGUCAGAUUUUGGUGGCCGGAGGUGGGUCUAGGCACACGAUGUUUGCAGCGGCCGGGAGUCGGAUGAGCUCCGUCGAAAGGUAUGAUGUGGAGAGAGAUGAGUGGGUUGCACUUGAUGGGUUGCCGAGGUUUCGAGCUGGGUGUGUUGGAUUUUUCGUUAGAAAUGGAGAUAAGAGAGAGUUUUGGGUGAUGGGUGGCUAUGGUGAAUCAAGGACUAUUUCAGGAGUGUUUCCUGUGGAUGAAUAUUAUAGAGAUGCUGUGGUGAUGGAGCUGAGGAAUGGCCAUGGCACUGGGAUGUGGAGGCAAAUUGGGGAUAUGUGGGAAGAGGGGGAAAGGAGGAGGCUAGGAAAAAUUGUGGUGAUUGAGAAUUAUAGCCAUGGACAACCUGGAAUUUUCAUGCUUGAUGGUGAUGAAUUCUUAAGAUAUGAAAUGGCAUCAAACAGAUGGGUAGAAGAAUCAAGAGUACCAAGGAAAACUCCUUUCAACUCAUCAUAUGGCUUUGUUGCAUUGAAUAGAGAAUUGUAUGUUAUAUCAUAUCUAAAGACAGAAUCUGGUGAGGCUCGAAGGCUACGACAUCAUAAGAAGGGAGGAUCACUGUACAUGCAAAUUUACAAUCCCGAGAAGAAGACGUGGAGAUCUCUCAUUACCCGGUCACCUUUUCACCACCCGAUGGAUUUCGAUACUGCAGCUAUCUGUACGGUUCGUAUGUGAAAAAUGUCAAUACCUCUGCAAUCAACUACUCAUUAAUGCUUACAGAUUUAGGCAUAUAUGCCGACUGUUCCCUGCUAGCUAGCUAAGUGUGGCAUCGUUGCAUUGCUUUAUGUACAUGUUUAGAAUGAUCUACAGGCAUCUUUUUUUUCUCUCUCUCUCACUGGAAAUAAGUUACAUAAACUCAAGAACAUAAAUGUUGUACAUUUGUAUAUGCUGUUCAUUGAAGGAGAUAAAAUAGAUGAAUUUUUUGUGUGAAGUCUUUCCUCACACUA